AUGACGGUAGGUGAAUGCCAGACGAAUAACACAAAGGACUAUGAUAAAGAAGAGGAUGAUCUAUUAGCUGGACCAGAGACAGUAUUAGAUGAAGGAGAUAUUGCACUACUCAAAACAUAUGGUCUUGGUCCAUACUCUUGUGUGAUUAAAAAAGUAGAAGAGGAUAUUAAAAAAGCUCAAAAGGCUGUGAAUGAUUUGAUUGGUAUUAAAGAAAGUGAUACAGGACUCAGUUUACCAAGUCUGUGGGAUCUUGUAAGUGAUAAACAAAUGAUGCAGGAAGAACAACCACUUCAAGUUGCCCGUUGUACAAAAAUCAUCAAUGCUGGAGAAGAAGAAGCAAAAUAUAUGAUUAAUGUCAAGCAAAUUGCGAAAUUUGUAGUAGGACUUGGUGAGAAAGUGGCACCAACGGACAUUGAAGAAGGAAUGCGAGUUGGUGUAGACCGUACAAAAUAUGCCAUUCAAAUUCCACUGCCACCGAAGAUUGAUCCAACUGUAUCACUUAUGACUGUUGAGGAUAAACCAGAUGUUACGUACGAUGAUGUUGGUGGUGCAAAAGAAGCACUGGAGAAAUUACGAGAAGUUGUGGAGUUACCACUGUUACAUCCAGAGAGAUUUGUUAAUUUGGGUAUUGAUCCACCCAAGGGUGUCUUGCUCUAUGGUCCACCAGGAACAGGAAAGACGUUGUCGGCACGUGCUGUCGCAAAUCGUACGGAUGCCUGCUUUAUUCGAGUUAUUGGUAGUGAACUAGUGCAAAAAUAUGUGGGAGAAGGAGCACGCAUGGUACGCGAACUCUUUACAAUGGCACGAUCGAAGAAGGCGUGCAUUGUGUUUUUUGAUGAGGUGGAUGCUAUUGGUGGAGCACGCAGUAGCUCGGAGGAAGGAGGCACUGAUAAUGAAGUGCAGCGUACGAUGCUGCAGAUUGUCACGGAGCUAGAUGGAUUCGACCCGCGUGGAAAUAUCAAGGUUCUCAUGGCAACAAACAGACCGGAUACGCUGGAUCCAGCGCUUAUGCGUCCAGGCCGAUUGGACCGAAAGGUUGAGUUCAACUUGCCCGAGCUUGAAGGCCGCACGCAGAUUCUCAAGAUUCAUGCUAAGAGCAUGAACUGCGACCGAGGCAUUCGUUUUGAGCUUGUGAGUCGAUUGUGCCCCAACACGACCGGUGCUGAGUUGCGUAGUGUAUGUACGGAAGCGGGUAUGUAUGCGAUCCGUGCACGCCGUAAAUCCGUAAGCGAGAAAGACUUUCUUGAGUCGGUGAACAAGGUUAUUAAGGGCUACAAGAAGUUUUCCUCAACGCCCAAGUACAUGGUAUACAAUUAA